GUCUUCACUGGUCAGGUGUAUUCAUGUCACACCGAAGAACAGGAAGCUUUUAUUUCACUUUUUUUGUUUUUGUCUGUAGGAAAACGUGACAUUUUUUGAACGGACCAUUUUGAAUAUUUGAAACGAUGGAGCGUCUCAAGUUAGUCUUGCAUUAUUUCCAGUCCAACUCUGAAUCCAUCUCCAACGGGAUUUGUGUGGUCCUGGCCCUGGUCAGCGUGAAGCUUUACACAAGCCUGGACUUCAACUGUCCCUGCCUUCCGCUCUACAACAAAGUCUACUCCUUAGGCGUGAUGGUGGUCCCGCCCAUCAUCUUCUUCUUCCUGGGGGUCCUGGUCAACCGACACACCGCCGUCAUGAUGGACGAGUGGAUGAGACCGGUCGGAAAAAGGUCCAAAAAUCCAGCUGUGGUCAAAUAUUUAUUCUCAGCCAUGGUCCAGCGUGCCCUUCUUGCGCCAAUGGUGUGGAUCUUAGUUACUUUGUUGGACGGAAAAAUAUUCAUCUGUGCCUUCAGUGUGAGUGUCGAUCCGGCACUCUUUUCAGGUUUUCCCAACAUCACCGGACUGGAUGCCAUCAAAAUAUUGGCCAAAGUUCCAUGCAAAGAGGACGUCCUCUUCAGAAAUAGCUCCUUCCGCAAAGCAGUUUCUCGUUAUGUUCGCUGCUAUUCGCAGGCAGUUGGCUGGUCCGUCCUCCUGUUCCUGAUUGUACUGGGAGCACUAGGACGCCUCAUCAAGCCUUGUUUGGACGACCACGCCACCUUCCUGCAGACGCGAUACUGGAGCAACUACCUUGACGUUGAGCAGAAGCUCUUCGAUGAAACCUGUGUCCUACAUGCUCGGGACUUUGCCCAAAAAUGUGUCGUACAGUUUUUCAAGGACAUGAGGGAGGACUCGAACAUCUGUCCCCCGCAUCCACAAGUCAUCCCUCACUUGACCGAGGAAUGGGACGAGAAUGAGGAGGAGAGACUUCAUGGAAUAACAAAGCAGGAGCAGGUGGACCAACUGCUGAAAAAAUGGUACUUCAGUAAACCAGAACUGGACAUCACCAAAACCUACAGACCCAGGAUGAGUGAUUUCUGGAAGGAAGGGAAGGAAAGGUUCUUAUCUUCUGAUGUGUAGACAUCAUGAAGACAAACACAAUAUUGUGUACAUAUUUAUUACAAAAUAUUUAAUACAUGGAUAAAUUAUACCGAUGCUCCUUAACGUAACAGAAAAUAGCCAUUGUUUAUUUCCCUUUGUCCAGAGACAUAAGUAUAAAAUAAUGAAUUAAAAAAUGUGUGCAUUUUUUUAGUUGCCGUGGUAGAAUCGAGGUUUACGCUGCCAUGGUUUUAUUUUGAAGCCUGAGUUACACCGAACAGGAAGUCAGUGUGUGCAGUUCAAUGCUGUGUAAUUAGGCAGUAAUUAUUGUCCUGCCUAGUAAUAAUGGUUAAGUUAACAAUAUUACAACACAUACUAAACACGCCAUUUUUCAUUGAA